CGAAAUUUCGAGAGUGGUCGCGUAAAUUCACCCGGUUCCCGUUUCUCGAUCUCGCAUGGGACAUGUACACGAAUUCACAGUCAUAUCGUAGUAUUCGAUCUCUCAUCUCGUAUAUAUAUCGCUCGUCCAAGUAUCGCAAUGAGAAAGUACAAUUAUUCAAAAGCUUCCCAUCCACGACAUCCGACCCGCACAAAUAUGUCGCUCGUUUCAAACAUAACGAUGAGAAAGGUGGUCGUAAGGACAACAAGUACGACUUCGUAUUGAAUAUGACCAACAGUCAAUACUUGGAUCACAUGUACCAAAUGUGGAAGAAGAACCCAAAGUCCGUGAACGCAUCAUGGGAUUCCUAUUUCAAGUUAAUUUACGCUGAUAAUCCACCAGAAUUGACCAAUCCAUCCACCAAUCCAUCCACCAAACAAUCGGUUGUUCGCGUUGAAUCGUCGUCAAACGUGGUACCCGGGAAUCUAACUGGUGUACGACACUCAGCACCUGGAUUUCCUCAACAAAGUUCAAGAUCGAAAUCGGACGGAGACAUGCAAGGUGAAAGCUUUAUAAGUGGGGCUCUCGAUAUCAAUGCCACCAUUCGGGCUUAUCAGGCACGUGGCCAUUUGAUAGCCGAUACCGACCCACUGGGCAUACAGAAUCCAGAAUCGCGUAAGCUUCAAGGCACCCCUAACUUACCUCCAGCGAUCGUGGUGCGAGAACACUUGAAAGGAAUGACAGAGGCUGAUAUGAACAAGGAAUUUCCUCUUGCACGAUUCACCGUGAUCGGUGGACCCAGACGGAGUCUUCCUUUGCGCGAGAUACUGAUUAGGUUGAACCAAGUCUAUUGCGGACAUUUGGGCCUCGAGUACACUUACAUCCAUGAUCUUAUUACGUUAGAUUGGUUGAGAGACAAGUUUGAAGUUCCUGGCGCUUGGGAUUUGCCAGCCGAGCACAGGAAACACAUUUGGUUGAAUAUUAUGAGAGCAGUGACGUUCGAGGGCUUUCUGGCACGGAAGUUCCCAACUGAAAAGAGGUUUGGUUUGGAGGGUUGCGAGUCUUUCAUACCAUCGAUGAUAGAGUGCUUGGAAACAUGCGCGGAACAUGGAGUAGAAACUGCUGUGAUAGGAAUGGCUCAUCGGGGUCGAUUGAACACCUUGAUCAACAUUUGCUCGAAACCACUGCAUCAGCUCCUUACCCAAUUCCACCCGAUUCCUCUGGAAGGUUUUGGCUCCGGUGACGUGAAGUAUCAUUUAGGGACGCACGCGGAGAGAAUGUUGGAAAGAACCAAGAAAAAGAUUCUCGUCGCUAUGAUGGCCAAUCCUUCUCAUUUGGAGGCGAUCGACCCUGUCGUAGUUGGCCGUGUGCGAGCUGAGCAAGUAGAAAAGAACGAUGCGAAGUUGGGCAAAAGAUCGGUGGCUAUUUUGGUUCACGGUGAUGCAGCAUUCUCGGGCCAAGGUGUUUGUUACGAAACUAUGCAUUUGACCAAUUUACCAAAUUACACGACUGGUGGUGUCAUCCAUCUUGUGAUAAACAACCAAAUCGGUUUCACGACCGAUCCCAGGUAUUCCCGAUCCAGUGAGCAUUGCACGGAUGUAGCACGUGUUGUAAAUGCUCCCAUAUUCCAUAUACACGCAGACGAUCCCGACUUAGUAACCUAUUGUAGCAAAGUUACCGGGGACUAUAGAGCGGAGUUUCACAACGACGUUGUCGUAGACAUCGUCGGAUAUCGAAGAUUCGGACAUAACGAAUUGGAUGAGCCGAUGCUCACGCAACCUCUAAUGUACAAACGGAUAAAGCAGCAUCCGAAUGUACUCGCUAUUUAUAGCGAAAAACUGUUGAAGGAAGGCGUGAUAACCGAAGCAUAUGCUAAAGAAGAGAUCGACAAAUAUUGGGCCUAUUGCGAAUCUGAGUUUGAAAAGGCGAAAACUAUAGACUCGAUGCAAUUGAGCGAUUGGCACGAUGUACCAUGGACCGAUUUCUUCGCGAAUCAAAGCCCACAGAAUAAAAUACCACCUACAGGCAUAGACAUAGAAACCAUUCAGGCGAUUUGCAAAGCCAUAUCAACUCCUCCGAAAGAUAUCGAAGCCCAUAGUCAGGUUUUAAGAGUAAUGGAUAAGAGAGCACAGUUGAUGGAAUCUCGACAGGCAGACUGGGCGAUGGGUGAAUGCUUAGCAUUUCUCAGUUUACUGAAAGAAGGUCACCAUGUGAGAUUAUCCGGCGAAGAUGUCGAACGGGGCACCUUCUCUCAUCGUAUUCACAUUAUUCACGAUCAGAGCAGAGAUAAAACGUUCAAAAAUAUUCUGCAUGACGUGUUCCCAGGGCAAGCGUUGUACACUGUCACCAAUUCUUCGUUGUCCGAAUACGGCGUUUGCGGAUUCGAAUUAGGAUACUCCGCUUAUAAUCAUAACACUCUGACGAUCUGGGAAGGCCAGUUUGGCGAUUUUGCUAACACGUGUCAGGUCACUAUAGAUACUCUUUUGUGCUCCGGACAAUCGAAAUGGGGUAGACAGAUAGGAUUAGUUCUCCUGUUGCCACACGGACUAGAGGGUCAGGGACCUGAACAUUCGUCCGCGAGGAUCGAGAGAUUUCUCGAGCUUUGUGACGAUGAUUACACCCAUAUUCCGGGAACGGAACCAGGUGCACCUCCUGGCGAAACACCGGAGCAAAUUAUGACACGGCAAUUAUUCGAAAUAAAUUGGAUCGUCUGCAACUUAACGACACCAGGGAACCUUUUCCACGCCCUCCGCCGUCAGAUUCACAUGCCCUUCCGGAAACCGUUGGUUAUUAUGACUCCCAAAUCUUUGCUGCGUCAUCCAAUGGCCUUAUCGUCUUUUAAAGAAAUGGAACCCGGUACCUUCUUUAGGCCCAUUCUUCCGGAUCCUUUAGUUAAACCAGGUAUCAUACAAAAGGUGUUGCUUUGUAGCGGAAAGAUUUAUUACGAUUUAGUCUCUGAACGACAAGGGAAGAAAUUGGAAGAUAAAAUAGCGAUUAUUCGUAUUGAACAAUACUGUCCAUUUCCAUAUCACCUUCUCGCGGAGGAAAUGUUCAAGUACCCGAAUGCUAAGGUGAUGUGGUUGCAAGAAGAGCACAAAAAUCAAGGAGCAUACACAUACGUGAGGGACAGGAUAGCGUUAGCCUUAGGAAAGCGUUUGGAAGAUAUACAAUACGUUGGUAGAUCACCUUCGUCAGCUCCAGCAACUGGCAGCAAAGUUAUUCACAUGAACGAGUACAACGAGUAUAUGGCAACCGCUAUGAAAUUGGAUUGAGUUAAUCGAACGUCAAACAGAAGAUACAUAUACUGGUCGCGGCAGCCUAAAAAUAUAAUAGGAAAUGUCUGAGAUGGCUGGAUAGCAGUGCGAAUGAAUGAGCAAACACUCGAUCACGUAAUGAAUUUAUCCUUGAUCUUCGCCUUCGACCACUUUUCAUCUCGUCUUUACGAAACAGAUGCUGGUUUACACUCACCAAAAGGCACAAGUACUUAUAGCGCGUCUUCUUGUAACACGAACAAAUCCACCCGUCAAGAUGAUUCCACAUCAUACUUUCUUUUCACCGUGUGAUUGUUCUGGUUCACGAUUGCCAAGAUAUCACAGGUGAGGCAGACAACUAUACGAGUA